GCCGCCGCUGCCGCCACUGCCAACGGCAACCUGAACGGUGCGCCAAAUGCGGCAGCUCACCAACACAAUCAAAACUCGACUUCGAACGCUGCCGGUGCGACGCCAUCAAGUGGCACGAACGCGUCCGCCCCUGCGAAUGGGCCGUCGAACUCGUCCAACAGUCACUUUUCGCAGGAACAGCUUGGCUUGCUCCGAACCCAGAUCUCAGCGUUCAAGAUGCUGGGAAAGAAUGCCGGACUUCCUGUCGGUCUGCAACGAUCCAUCUUCCACCAACGUCAAAAACGCCAGGCCGCUCCGACCGUUGCGUCGAGCGCCGCACCGAAAUCCGAGCCCAGCGAACAAGACGACAAGGACAAGGGUGUAGCAGGUCAUGGCGAGGCUGCACCAGACGCCGAUGAGUCGGCGCCUCCCAAACCUCACAAGUACAAGACUGUCAAAUCACCCACGAGCAUGCUUCAGCCGACAAUCAAGCACUUUGAACACUCACAACGCAAGAAUCGCUGGUUCAUCCCGGGGGCUUUUCCCACCGGCAUCGACUUUGAUCACUUGCGGUACGAGAGGGAGGUCGUCGUGUUCAACAGGAUGAGCCAGAGAUACAACGAUCUGAAGAACCUCCCUGGGAACAUGGCUCACUGGGACACAACGAAGGACGAGGUGGAAGCUGACGAUGCUCUGAAACGAAAGGCGAUCAUCGAGAUGAAGGCCCUCGCUCUAUACGCAAAGCAACGAGCUCUGCGCGAGAAGAUUGGGCGGCAGAUGAUGCACUACGACAACUUGGCCAUGACCACAAAUCGUUCGCACUACCGCCGCAUGAAGAAGCAGAACGUUAGGGAGGCUCGCAUCACCGAGAAACUUGAGAAGCAGCAGCGGGAUGCCCGGGAGAACCGCGAGAAGAAGAAGCACAUUGACUUCCUCCACGCCAUCACUCACCACAGACAAGAGAUCAUCGACUCGAAUCAGAGCCAGAAGACGAAAUUCCACAAGCUCAGCCGCCUCAUGUUCUCUCAGCACUUCAACAUUGAGAAGGAAGAGCAGAAGCGCAUCGAGAGGACCGCGAAGCAGCGUCUGCAAGCGCUCAAGGCCAACGAUGAAGAGGCGUACCUCAAGCUGCUCGACCAGGCCAAGGACACCCGUAUCACACACUUACUCAAGCAGACCGACGGUUUCUUGCAUCAACUUGCGUCCUCCGUCAAGUCGCAGCAGCGCGCAGCUGCCGAGCGGUACGGAAACGACAUGGAAGACUUCAAGGAGGACGACGAGCUGGAAGAUGAGGAGGGCAACAGCAAGAAGAUUGACUACUACGCUGUGGCCCAUCGCGUCCGUGAGGAGGUCACUGAGCAGGCUAACAUCCUGGUCGGCGGCACUCUGAAGGAGUACCAGAUCAAGGGUCUUCAGUGGAUGAUUUCGCUUUACAACAACAACCUCAACGGUAUUCUUGCCGACGAGAUGGGUCUUGGAAAGACGAUUCAGACCAUCAGUCUCAUCACCUACCUGAUUGAGAGGAAACAGCAGGCCGGGCCAUACCUGGUCAUCGUGCCGCUGAGUACCUUGACCAACUGGAAUCUCGAGUUUGAGAAAUGGGCGCCAUCCGUCAGCCGCAUCGUCUACAAGGGUCCGCCUAAUGCUCGAAAGACCCAACAAGAGAAGAUCCGCCAGGGGCGCUUCCAGGUCCUGCUCACGACGUACGAGUACAUUAUCAAAGACCGUCCUAUCCUGAGCAAGAUCAAAUGGUUCCACAUGAUCAUUGACGAAGGUCACCGCAUGAAGAACAGCAACUCGAAGCUGAGCGCCACCAUCUCCCAGUACUACCACACCCGUUUCCGCCUCAUCCUCACGGGUACCCCCCUCCAGAACAACCUCUCCGAACUGUGGGCCAUGCUCAACUUCGUGCUGCCCAAUAUCUUCAAGUCGGUCAAGACAUUUGAUGAAUGGUUCAACACUCCGUUUGCCAACACCGGUGGGCAGGACAAGAUGGAGCUCACAGAAGAAGAGCAGAUUCUCGUCAUUCGCCGUCUCCACAAGGUCCUUCGACCCUUCUUGUUGCGUCGUCUCAAGAAGGAUGUCGAGAAGGACUUGCCUGACAAGACGGAGAAGGUGGUCAAAUGCAAGUUCUCUGCUCUCCAGGCCAAGCUCCACAAGCAAAUGUCAACACACAACCGCCUUAUUGUUAGUGACGGCAAGGGUGGCAAGACAAAUGCUCGUGGUCUCAGCAACAUGAUUAUGCAGUUGCGUAAGCUCUGCAACCAUCCGUUUGUCUUUGAUGAGGUGGAAAACGUCAUGAACCCUCUCAAUAUCAGCAACGACAUGCUGUGGCGAACGUCUGGCAAGUUUGAGCUUUUGGACAGGAUUCUUCCCAAGUACCAAGCGAGUGGGCAUCGUGUUCUCAUGUUCUUCCAGAUGACUGCCAUUAUGGAUAUCAUGGAGGACUACUUGCGAUACAGGAGUUUCGAGUACCUGCGUCUGGAUGGUACGACCAAAUCAGACGAGCGCUCGGACCUCCUUCGGGAGUUCAACGCACCCGACUCCAAGUACUUUAUGUUCUUGCUGUCCACACGUGCUGGUGGUCUCGGUCUCAACCUGCAGACCGCCGACACGGUCAUCAUCUACGACUCUGACUGGAAUCCUCACCAAGAUUUACAGGCGCAAGAUCGUGCUCAUCGUAUCGGUCAGAAGAACGAGGUGCGCAUCCUGCGUCUGAUCACUUCGGGGUCGGUAGAAGAGAAGAUCUUGGAACGCGCUCGGUUCAAGCUUGACAUGGAUGGCAAGGUCAUCCAAGCUGGUCGUUUCGAUAACAAAUCAUCAGAGACGGACCGUGACGCCAUGCUCCGGACGUUGCUUGAGACGGCGGACAUGGCAGAAGGUGGUGGCGAGGAGGACAUGGAGGAUGAGGAGCUCAACAUGAUGCUCGCGCGUAACGACGGGGAGCUCGCUCUUUUCCAAAAGAUGGAUGAAGAACGCGCCCUUGACCCCAUCUACGGCCGCAAAGGAGGCAAGGGCAAACCUCGCCUCAUCCAAGAAGAAGAGCUUCCGGACAUCUACCUGAAUGAAGACAAUGGCGAGGAGGAGCAGACGGAAGAAGUCAUCCUGGGCCGUGGUGCUCGUGAGCGUACCAAGGUCAAAUACGACGACGGUCUCACCGAGGAGCAAUGGGUCAUGGCGGUUGACGAUGACGAGGACUCGCCCGAAGCCGCGGCUGCACGCAAGGCCGACAAGAAGGACCGACGAGAACAGAAUAGGCUCAAGAAGAGUGCUAUUUUCAACUCGAUGGACGAGUCGCCUGUCCCUAGUAGGGCUAGCACCGAAGAGGUCGAGACGCCCAAAAAGCGCGGGCGCAAGCCGGGCAGCAAAAACGAGAAACGCAAGGCGGAAGAAGGCGAUGACGAGCCGCCAGCGAAGAAGCGGCGCGGACCGCAGGGGCGGCCGAGCAAGGCCAACCUCCAGGCGUCCGCCAACGCACCUAAGCUGGCACCCGAGGUGCGCGCCACUCUGCAAGGCAGCCUCAAGAGACUCUACGACCAGCUCAUGGAGAUGGAGGUGGACGACUUUGAGCCUCUCGAGGGCGAAGACGACGAGUCCGAGCCUGGCAAACGCCUCAUCAUUGCACCGUUUGUGAAACUACCGUCGAAGCGCGACUUCCCGCACUACUUUGUGGUGAUACAGCAACCCAUCUGCAUGGAUCACAUCAAGGCACGCAUCAAGAAGGAGCAGUAUGGUUCUCUGGGCGACAUGCGCCGGGAUGUUGAGCUCCUCAUCAACAACUGCAAGACUUUCAACGAGGAUGGCAGCGUUUUGCAUGAAGAUGCCAAGACCAUUGAGGUGAGUGAUAUUAUGUUGAUUGAAUCUGUGAUUACAACAGCGGCUAACUAGGACACAGGCAUUCUUCAAAAGCAAGUUC